AUGGGACUUUCAUUUUUCCAGGGAAUCAUUUGUCCCUCGAACUCGCCAGAACUGCUUACUGCUGGGUCGGUCACUGCCAGUUCUCCAUUUACUAUUGGAUUCGUGUUAGCUGGUUGGAAGUCUGCUGGUCAGCUCGUCAACACGCUUACUUUAAUUGCAUUCAUCUCUGCUGGAAACGGAGUUGUCUAUGUUCAGUCGAGAACCCUUUAUGCUAUGGCCCUCAAAGGAAGAGCUCCCAAAUUUUUCUCUGCCACCACCACUCGAGGUGUACCCUACCGUGCCAUUCUAUUCUCCAAUUUAUUUGGAUUUCUGGCUUUGAUGAAUCUUAAAGUCAGUGCUGGAAGUGUCUUCAACUACCUCUGUACCGUAGGAGGAACGGCCGCCUACAUCGCUUGGGCCACUAUGGUCUUCACCUUCCUCAGAAUCAGAAAAGGUGCUGCCAAACAGGGCAUCAGUAUUAAAACGUUCCCCUUCAAAGCAUGGGGACCUAUUGGACUCUAUUGGUUUGCAUUUGUAUUUUUUAUCUUCCUUCUUUUUGUGCAAGGGUUUGCAUCUUUCUUGCACCCAUUUGACUGGAGGCUCUUCAUCUCCAGUUACAUCACAAUUCCUACUUUCCUAAUCCUCUUCUUCGGCUUCAAAUGGGCUAACAAAACAAAAUUCGUCAGAACCGACCAGAUGGAUUUCAAAAACAGACGUCAAUGGAUCGAAGACAUCGAGGACGUCGCCGACUCGAGGCCCUUCACCCGCAAGCUCGCCGACCUCGUGAAAAGAUAA